AUGCUCAUACUUCCUAUAAUGGGUGAUCAACCUAGAAAUGCUAAAAAGGUAGAAUUAGCUGGUAUGGCUUUGAAAAUUUCAAAGUCUAAUUUGAAAGUUGAUGAUAUAGUAUCAAAGAUAAUAGCAAAGGAAAAAUACAGAGCUGCCGAUUUAAUUGAAAUAGUAUUGAAUACAGUAAAGUAUAAAGGUGUUAAAGAUGAAAAUG